UCGCUGGUGCGAGGCCGGCGAGGCUGUGGAGGCCGGUGUGUAUAGAAGCUGUGUGAGAGAUGGCGGAACCCGGGAGGAGACGGGGUCCGAGGUCCCGCGGUGGCGGCGCCGGCCGAGGCGCUCGAAGAGCCCGGGUCGCCCGUGGCCGGCGUCCUCGCGCCCCGCAGUCUCUGUCUCGGCUCAUUCCAGACACAGUGCUUGUGGACUUGGUCAGUGACAGCGACGAGGAGAUCCUGGAAGUGGUCGCGGACCCGGUAGACGUGCCCGCCGCCCGGCCCCCCGCGCCGGCCGCACAUGGGCAGGACAGCGACAGUGACAGUGAAGGGGCGGACGAGGGGCCUGCAGGAGCCCCUCAGACCUUGGUCCGGCGGCGGCGGCGGCGGCUGCUGGAUCCCGGCGAAGCACCGGUGGUUCCUGUGUACUCCGGGAAGGUACAAAGCAGCCUCAACCUCAUCCCAGAUAAUUCAUCCCUCUUGAAACUUUGCCCCUCAGAGCCUGAAGAUGAGGCAGAUGUGAUGGAUUGUGGCAGUCCUCCCCCUGAGGAUGCCCCGAUUCCAGGUUCUCCCUGGAAGAAGAAGCUGAGGAGUAAGCAUGAGAAGGAAGAGAUGAAGAUGGAAGCCUUUCCGGACCAGGACAUCUCUCCUUUGCCCCGACCUUCAUCAAGAAACAAAAGCAGAAAGCAUACCGAGGCACUCCAGAAGUUGAGGGAAGUGAACAAGCGUCUCCAAGAUCUCCGAUCCUGCCUGAGCCCCAAACAGCACCAGAGUCCAGCCCUUCAGAACCCAGAUGAUGAGGUGGUCCUAGUGGAGGGGUCUGUCUUGUCACAGAGCCCGAGACUCUUCACCCUCAAGAUCCGGUGCCGGGCCGACCUAGUCAGAUUGCCUGUCAUGACAUCGGAACCCCUUCAGAAUGUGGUGGAUUACAUGGCCAAUCAUCUUGGGGUGUCUCCAAGCAGGAUUCUUUUACUCUUUGGAGAGACAGAACUGUCCCCUACUGCCACCCCUAGGACCCUAAAGCUUGGUGUGGCUGACAUCAUUGAUUGUGUGGUGCUGACAAGUUCUUCAGAGGCCACAGAGACAUCCCAGCAACUCCGGCUCCGGGUGCAGGGGAAGGAGAAGCACCAGAUGUUGGAGAUCUCACUCUCUCCUGACUCUCCUCUCGAGGUCCUCAUGUCGCACUAUGAGGAGGCCAUGGGACUCUCCGGACACAAGCUCUCCUUCUUCUUUGAUGGGACAAAGCUGUCCGGCAAGGAGCUGCCAGCUGAUCUGGGCAUGGAAUCCGGGGAUCUCAUUGAAGUUUGGGGCUGAAGCUUCCUCCUCCUGUUUGGAUGCAGAGCCAAGACCUGGGGACAACAGCUCCCACUUUUAUUAUUAUUUUUUGCCCCAUAAGGGCUAACAGAAACUGAAUUAGAACUCGUUUAUUUAUUUCCGGCACUGGGGAUUGAACCCUGGGCUGUGCAUAUGCUAAGGAUGUGUGAAGUUGAGGUAAAACCAAGGCAUGACCUUUGCCCUGUCUUGUUGACCGUAGUCUCAAGCGGUUGACUGAUUGGUAGUUGUGUGGCUGUGGCUGCCCUGGGUGGAUGUGGUGUGUGUAUGCUUGUGCAGUGUAUGGCAGCUCCCGGGACACGGAGAAGGGGUAUUGGCUUCCCUACCAUUUCGUUCACUGGUGCACUUCUUCAAACAUCUGUUCUGUGAAACUGUGUCUAUUGGGUUUGUUGAACUAAAUGAGCAUUGCAUUUGGGUGCCCAGGCUUGGUAUUUAUGCCACAUUGGGGACCAACAGGGAUUUUAAUUCUCAUUUGGGGGCUGAGAUGCAGGUACCUUCCCUGGUGGGGAUACUCUGUUGCAGGGAAAUAAACAAGCGAUGACGUCUAUGCUGAAGCUGAGGACUAGGCAGACAGUGGGUAAUUUUUAAAGGCCAACAGGAGUGGUGUCUUCAGCCCUGGGCAUCCACUCUUCCAGGACUCGGCCAGCAUCUGGUACAUACAUACUUCCUGGCGUGCACAUCUAGCCACAUCUGAGCACAUGCAGCUGUUGAGUUUGAUGUUUACUCUAGUUUUCGGUCCCUCUCCUGUUAGCACCUACUUAGUCUAUUUGUAUUGUUGACUAUGAAUGUCUUUAGAAGAUGAUUUUCUGGAUGUGUGUGAUUUUAGUGUAUGUACACGGUAUUGUGCAAUAGACGUCCUGUCUUCACUCAGUAUGAGUGACAGUCUAGCCAUGUUAGCACCUUCGAGAUCUGUUGUUGCUCUGAUCUGCUGUGGGUGCCCUAUAGUGGCAUUAGACGAUUUUACUCACACAUUGCCUUAAUUGGAGGGAUACCUGAGUCUCCAGCUCCUAGGAACCAAAUCCCAGACCAUAGCAAACAUCUUUUUGGGUGUUCCCUUCUGGGCCAGGGUAGGUGAUUGUCUGGCAUACUUGCCCAGGGUAGGACUGUGGGUUACACAGGUUCAUUUUCCUGUUUUUUCCAGAGUUUUCUUCAGAAUGUGGUCUGGCCUUUCUUGGAGCUUCUCUUUCCUUAUCUUUACCAGUAUUUAGUGUUGCUGUACUUUCUGAUUUGCCAGUCUACUGUGUAUAAAGCACUGUAUAUCUUGAUAUCCUUUAUCUGAUCACCAUUUCUUAUCAAUGUCCACCUUCUGGUUUUUCUUUGUUAGCUGCUUGUUUUCUUGUGAGGCUUCCUUUUGUGUGUUUUUUCUGUGAGGAGUUGCUUGUGUUCUGGGCAAUUGCAAAUAACCUUCAGAAUAGCACUUUGUGUACCCAGGGGGAUUUUCACCAACAGACAUUCUUAAUUUUAAUGUAGACAGUUGGCUUUCGUUAGAAAGGCUUUUUUUUUUUUUUUUUUUUUAAGGGAAAAUGAGAGAGAACUUCCAGAAUGGGAAGGGUUCUAGUGGGGAGUCUCAGGAUUGCUACUUUUGGAUUUCUAAACUAGUUAAGAAACUUUCAUUGUCUUCUGUUAGCUCGCUAGGUUUUUGUUCUUUUGUUUUUAUCUCUCAUAUUGAGACCACUAAUGAGAAUAGAGUUCUAACUGAUCUACUGUGCAGUAGAUGCUGACUGUUCUGAGCUCUCAACUCUGCUUCUCACUAGACUUACAGCUAGACUGUACUGGUUUCUGACUAUUGUAUGUCACAUCUAACCAUCUGAAAUGCACCUUUGUGUGGGAGAGCAAAUUUUAUUUUGUUUUAAUUAUAAUGAGCCAGUUUUCUAAGCUUUGUCUACUAAAAAAUUAAUAUGUAGUCUGACUUUCACAAGAAGUAUGUCAACUUCUUAAAAUUUUUUUUUUGUGUGAGAAUAUGUUAUACCUUUGAAUUUUUAACAUUUAAAACCUCCAUGACAUAGUAUAGCUUCCAGGUUUCUCAGCUCUUGUAUGACAAUGAAUGAAUCUGAACACAUUACUAUUAUGUAUUCAAUCUCAGCCAAUAAAGGGAGAUGCCUUUAACUUAGGAA